AUGUCCAUGGACAACAGAAAGAGGCCAGCGGGUUCCUCCAACUCUGCGAACUUGGUGUACUGGUCCUCCUCGUUUCCUCGGCAACCAGCCAGGGUCCUGAUCGUGGAGGCGCUGCCACCCUGGUGGUCAGAGACCUGUCCUGUGCUCUGUGAUGCUCUAGAUAACUUCCUGUCCCUGGCCUGUAGUCUGGACGGCCCCUGUAGGAUACCACUACUCAGCCUGUACGCCAUCAGCAGGCAGCAGGAGUGUCUGCUGCCAUUUGUGCAGGUCCGUGGUAACCUGGCCAGGCUGCACUCCUGUGUGGAGGAGCUGAGGACUCUUCCAGGUGAAGGUUGUAUCAGAGGAGCAGCCAGAGGAGCCGAGCUGCUGCGUCAGGCAGUGCUGGACAGUCUGCUGCAGUUUAAACAGUACAUCAGACAUACCAGCAAUGGCAGCCAGGCCAGCAACAAUAUAUCUGUGGAGGUUACCGUGGUGACCAGCCAGCCAGGGCGUGGCGUCGUUCGCCAGCUGGAGACGGGGCUCAGAGAUGCUGACCUGGUGUCACUGAAGCGGCUGCUGGUGGUACAGAUGUAUAGUGCGGCAGACUGGGGCCAAGACAACCACUCAGCUGAAGACCCAAUCACUGAGACUGAUGACUCUCUGAUGUUGGGAACGGAGGUGGACCUGCAGCGGGUGGAGAACAGCGUGUUCACCAUGGAGACGGUGUUGAAGGCGUGGCUUCAGGAGCAGGGUGGAGACAGAGAGCACCUCCACCUCCUGCUGCCCAGUCCGAUGGAUACUCCCGUUCCAGUGUGUGUGAAGUGUGACAUGCAGGAGCGACUGAUAAGCCCCGCCCUCAUCCCGCUGAGCCCCGACCUGGGUGUGAAGACAGAGAGCGUCCGGGACUUCCUGACUCUCACUAAGGGAUCAGCCAAUCAGGGACAACCGCCACGGAGACUGAAAGCAAUCAAGACUCUGCGUGCAGACGGAGUGUGUGAGAGUUUGUUGUACGGCCUGCCGCUGGUGCUCCGCCCCACCACCUGCUGGCAGCUGGACUGGGAUGAAAUGGAGACCAACCACAACAUGUUCCACGCUCUCUGCCACUCUCUCAGGAGUCGUGACUUGUUCCUGCUGCUGCAGGUGGAGCCUGCACAGAGGUCUACAGCUGGAGGCUCAGGUGUGUAUUCCCACUACCUCCUCCAGCCCUCCCCGUCUCUCUCCCUCCUUCUGAAGCCUGUGGUCUCCAGGGAGUUGCUGCUGCCCUGCUCUCUGCCCGUCUCCACUCAGCAACCUGCACCUGAUGCCGUGCACACUAUACAGGGUUGUCUCACUCAGCUGGAUGAGGAGUGUGUGUUCAACCCUCUCUCUCUGAGCAGUAACCUGUACCAGCACCUCAGGACCAGAGGCCUGAUCUCACAGCCACGAUACCCGUACAGGUUGCAGCCAGCAGCCGCCCACAGGGACCAGUCUCAACCACUAGAGGGCCCUAAACCCACAGCCAGCAGGCAGCCGCGGCAGCCACAAAACCAUGGCCGCCAACUGGGAACGAGCAGCAAGGUCAGAGCCACUGUGGCCCCCCUGCCUUCUUCCUCCUCCCACUCCUCCUCUUCCUCCCUGGGACCUCCUCCUGCCAAGGCUUCUCGUCCGGCUCUGAGGCUCCUCAGCAGUAGCAGCGGCAGCGGCAGCCGUCGGGCACCGGCUCCUACUCGACAGGGGGAAGACAAUGAUGACGAUGACUCCAUGCUAAUACAGUAA